CUUCGACAACCAGCCAAUCACAACCAAAUGCUUGUGCAUCUGUUGAAUUUCGGCAAGUCUCUCGUAUUUUCUGUCGCAUCAUUAUGGAUUAUGGAUUGGAUUAGUCUUUCUGGUGGUGGGUAUCCUUAAUUCCCUGAUCUCGUGAACCUAUUCGUCCCAGACCUGUCUUUCUUUUCCAGGCCUCUUCGAGCAUACGGUUCCCGCGGAAGAUCAAGUUGGUGAUGAUGUAGUCCAUACAUAGAUACACUCUCCCACAUCCGCUCCAAAAUUGGUAAAUGUUGGAGCAACCAACCCGUCGGAGGUCAGUUCUCGACUCUGUCUUGUUGGCAACAAGACAAGUACGGGCUUACUCCUUCGUGUCUCCCUGAGUGCGGCGGCACGUACAUUGGUAGCCCUUGGUCACCGCGAGUCCAUCCUCCACCGAGUACUCGUUGGUCUUUUCCUUCUCAACUAAGUCAAAUUGGGUAUGUGCACAAGCUUUUUCCGAAUUUGAUCCAUGAUAUUGCCAUCAACCGAGUGAUAGCCACCGCCUUCCGACACCAUGUUGGUUUUCUCGGACCAGUAAUCAAUCUCAAACUUAAACUCUGUAAGGAAAUCAAGCUACCAUGUUUGCUUGCCCGGUUGUCUCUUUUGAGAUUGGAAGUGCAAGGAAACCAAACCACGGUAUUUGCUUUCGACAUUGGAAGUGACUUACCGCCUUCCGACACCAUGUUGGUUUUCUUUUGACAUUGGAAGUGAUUUACCGCCUGAUUAUCCGUCACGAUGGUGAAGGGAAGGGUAUGCUAACCGCUACGAUUUGCAUCUUCUACAGUGUACUACAAUAUUCAGAAUUUUCUUCACAAUGACCAGACAUGCCGACAUUUAGCGCCACACCCACUCGUUUCCUGAGUCUGAGGAAUCAUUUCAAAAUUUUUGGUGCUGCCGCCGCAAGUACUUCAAAAUUUUUCACGAGCUUUUCGGGGAAUUCCGCUUCUGCCAUAGCCCACCAUGUUAAGAAUGGACGUGAGCUUUUUGACAGAAUUCCGUCCUCCGAUGUUUAUUUAUCCACAAAGAUGAUAGCUUCGUACAUAGAAAACUUCAGACUAGAUGAAGCACUCAAACUGUUCUACGAAAUUCCGGUGAAAGACUUGGUCAUGUGGAAUUUGAUGAUCAAAGGGUGUUUUCAAUGCGGGAACCUGGACAUGGGUCAGAAGAUGUUCGACGAAAUGCCUGAAAGAAAUGUCAUUUCUUGGACAACCAUGGUCGAUGCAUUCUUGAAGAAUGGGAUGGUGGAAGAAGCCCAAGGUUUGUUCUGGAAGAUGCCGGUGAGGGACUCAGCGGCAUGGAAUGCGAUGAUUCAUGGGUUCUGUGUAAAUGGUAGAGUUGGAGAGGCAACCAGGUUCUUUGAGAUGAUGCCUGAUAAAAAUGCCAUUUCUUGGACGACGAUGAUCAGCGGGCUUGAUCAGCUUGGAAGGAGCGCCGAGGCUUUGUCCAACUUCAGGAAGAUGGUCGGGAUCGGGUUUAAGCCUAGCCCAAGGACUUUCUCUUGUGCCAUAACCGCCUGUGCAAAUGUUGGCGAUCGAUGCCUCGGUAGUCAAGUUCAUGGCUAUAUGAUGAAGCUUGGCUGCGUGUUCGACACAUAUGUAGCGGCCUCACUAAUCACUUUCUAUGCAAGCUGCAAACAGAUUGAGGAGUUUGUGAAGGCUUUCAAUGAGAGGUUGCAUCCAAAUGUGGUGGUGUGGACAUCGCUUUUAACAGGAUAUGGUGCUAAUGGUAAGCAUGAGGCUGCAUUGACAGUUUUUCGGGACAUGAUUAGAUUUGGAGUUGUUCCAAAUCAAUCAUCUUUCACCAGUGCCUUGAAUUCAAGCCGGGAGAUGGGAGCUGUUGAUUGGGGGAAAGGGAUUCAUGGCACAGCCAUUAAACAGGGAACGGAAACUGAUGUUUUUGUGGGUAAUUCCCUUGUUGUGCUGUAUACAAAAUGUGGAAAUAUUUUGGAAGGAAUAGCAGCGUUCGAGGAAAUAGCAGGCAAGAACGUUGUUUCCUGGAACGCGAUCAUUGUUGGAUGCGGACAGCAUGGUUGCGGUGAGUGGGCAAUGGGAUUCUUUGCGCAAAUGGCUAAGGCGGGAUGCGAACCUGAUGAAAUCACCUUCACAGGAUUGCUCAACUGCUGCAGUCAUUCUGGAAUGUUGCAGAAGGGAAAACGCAUCUUUGAAAGCUUACACAGAUACACAGCCAUUGGGGUGAAGAUCGAACACUAUGCCUGCAUGGUUGACAUCCUCUGCAGAAGUGGAAAGUUGGAUGAAGCGGAGGGUUUGGUUCAAAAGAUGACUAUGGAACCAAAUAUAUCUGUCUGGCUUGCAUUGCUAGGUGGAUGCAGAGCACAGUCCAACGUUGAAAUCGCUGAACGUGCUGCCAGAAACAUCUACAACAUAGAUCCACACUGCUGUGCAGCUUAUGUGCUAAUGUCUAACAUAUAUGCCCUUGCUGGUCGAUGGAUGGACGCUGCAAAGACCCGUAGACAUAUGAAGAAGUUAGGCACUAUUAAAGAACCCGGCCGCAGUUGGAUUACCUUAAAGGGUGUCCAGCACUCUUUUGUUUCCUGUGACAAGUCUCAUCCCUUAUGCGACGAAAUAUAUAGGAAGCUAGGAUGGUUGGGGGAAAAGUUAAAGGAGUAUGGCCAUGUACCUGAUCAUAGAUAUGCCCUGCACGAUGUGGAAGACGAGCAUAAGGCACAGAUCUUAUCAUAUCACAGUGAGAGGCUGGCUGUAUGUUUCGCACUGAUUAGUACUGCAGAGGGCAGUGCUAUAACGGUUAUGAAGAAUCUGCGUACAUGCGAGGAUUGUCACUCUGCCAUUAAGAUUAUAGCCAAGAUUGUUGGGCGCAAAAUAGUGAUAAGAGAUUCCAGCAGGUUUCAUCACUUCAGGGAUGGUUUUUGCUCCUGCAAGGACUAUUGGUAGAUAGGACACAGAAAAUGCUUCCAUCCUUUCUAUUUUAGAUUAACUCCUAGAUUUUAUUUUUUUUAAUUUGAGCCUACUGAGUGUUUUAAACAGCUCACAAAAAACCUUGAUUGUUUAACCACGCAACAUAAAGUGAAUCUGAUACAAACAACAUUUCAUGACAUGUAAUUGCAGCACAUAAAAUGUUGUACCAAGAAGUCAUUUAAACGUGUGUUAAAUUUGGUCAAAUCAUUUA